UUGAUUACGAAGUUGUCAUCAUGAAUUAGUUUUUUUUUCCUAUCCUGGAAUGAUUCUUCUGCGACAGAAAAGUGGUUCCGAUACAGUGAGAAAAAGUCCAGAAUAAUCAAUCAGCUAAAAUGCCACUAUUCGAUUCGGUGCUUCAGGAAAAGCCAGCGAUAGUGCUGGAAAUGGGCUACGCCUUUACCAAAUUGGGCUUCGCUGGUGAACCGAAUCCCCGCAGCAUCAUACCAUCGGAGGUACUCGAUCACAAAGCUAAAAGCGCCGGGAAGACUGCCGCCAACAAGAAACUGUUCGAUUUUGCCAACGAGUCCGAACUGUAUGACCAGCUGGUAGAGUUCCUCAAGACCAUAUUUUUCAAAUACGUGCUCGUGAGUCCCAAGGAGCGCAAGGUGGUAAUCGUUGAGUCGGUCCUCUGUCCAACGCAAAUCCGCGAGAAUCUAGCAAAGGCAUUGUUUUGCCACUUCGAUGUGUCGUCCAUAUUCUACGUUCCGACGCAUUUGGUGGUGUUGGCUACGCUUGCCGUAGAAACGGCCCUCGUGGUCGACAUUGGUUACAAGGAAGCGAUUGUGGUUCCUGUGUACAGUGGAGUACAAGCCGUUUUCGCUUGGGAAGCGCAACCGCUAGCAGCAGAAGCGGUUCACGAGCGGAUCAGGACCGAUCUGGUGGCCAAUGGUGUCGCUAAAGAGCUACUAACGGAUUUCAUCGUCGAGGACAUCAAAGUUCGCACUUGUUUUGUUACCACCCGGGAGCGAGCGCUGAAGUGGCAACACGGAGAAACAUUCCAGGCCUGUCCAGAAGUCGAAUAUCCCAUCAAGGGGGACGAGGUGAUUAAAAUUCCAGGAAUACUUCGUGAAACGGCUUUCGAGGUGCUUUUCCCGGACGAUAACGAUCGUCUGAACUUGGCCAACAUAAUUUUGAACUCUAUCCUCAAAUGUCCAAAGGACAUGCGCAAAGUUUUGGCGGAAAAUAUUGUUCUCAUCGGAGGCUCGGCAAUGGUGCUCGGAUUGGCGGCACGAUUGAAAAAUGAGCUUUUUGCAACGCUAGAAUCGGACCUGUACAAAGAUAAGCUGUUUGUCAAAUCGUUCAAGUUUCACAAGCCACCGACAAAGGCUAACUUUACGGCCUGGCUUGGUGGAUCCAUUUACGGAGCAACGGAUUUGGUUCUUUCGAAAUCGCUUGCCCGGGAAGCGUACAGCAAAAAUCAGCAGCUGCCCGAUUUUAUCAACUACGAGGAAACACGGUUUUACGCGCGGGGCUAGCAGAGGAGGAUGCGUAGGCGCUAGAUUCUUAUAUUUAUUCUAACACGUAAUAUAAUUACUGCUAACUGUUGCACUGAUAUACACAGGCUUUUUAAUUAAAUUUAUUUUCAACUAGCUCGGCAAUAUAAAGUGUCAAUGAGCCGUGUUCAUGAAUAGAGAAAAGCCUCUGUAAGUAGAACAAUGCAAAUGUUCUUUCUCCAAAA